AUGAGAAUUACAAGUACAUCUUGUAUCUGCCCAGUCCUAGUUUGUCUCUGUUUUGUGCAGAGGUGUUAUGGAGCUGCUCACCAUGGCUCCAUCAAGGUGACUAGAAAUCAAACCAAACACGUAGAAGGCGAAACAGAAGUGCAUCAUCGUCCCAAGCGUGGAUGGGUGUGGAAUCAGUUCUUUGUUUUAGAAGAACACAUGGGACCAGAUCCUCAGUAUGUAGGAAAGCUGCACUCCAAUUCCGACAAAGGUGAUGGAUCAGUCAAAUACAUUCUUACUGGAGAAGGGGCGGGGACUAUAUUUAUUAUUGAUGACACGACUGGAGACAUCCAUUCAACCAAAAGCCUAGAUCGAGAGCAGAAGACACACUAUGUGCUUCAUGCCCAAGCUAUUGAUAGACGGACAAACAAGCCACUCGAGCCUGAAUCUGAAUUUAUUAUCAAAGUGCAGGAUAUCAACGACAAUGCACCAAAAUUUACAGACGGACCAUACAUUGUUACUGUGCCAGAGAUGUCUGAAAUGGGUACGUCUGUUCUACAGGUGACAGCCACAGAUGCAGAUGACCCUACAUAUGGAAACAGCGCCAGAGUAGUGUACAGUAUUCUUCAGGGACAGCCAUAUUUCUCUGUUGACCCUAAGACAGGAGUCAUCAGGACUGCCUUGCACAACAUGGACAGGGAAGCCAGAGAGCAUUAUUCCGUUGUCAUUCAAGCCAAAGAUAUGGCUGGGCAGGUCGGAGGGCUGUCAGGGUCAACAACUGUAAAUAUCACACUCACUGAUGUCAACGACAAUCCACCCAGGUUUCCUCAGAAACAUUAUCAACUGUAUGUUCCUGAAUCAGCUCAAGUUGGAUCAGCAGUUGGCAAAAUCAAAGCAAAUGAUGCAGACAUUGGUUCAAAUGCAGACAUGAAGUACACAAUUAUAAAUGGUGAUGGCUCUGGGGUGUUCUCCAUAUCUACUGACAAAGAAACAAGGGAAGGAAUUCUUUCCCUGAAGAAGCCACUCAACUAUGAAAAAAAGAAAUCAUAUACACUUAAUAUAGAAGGAGCAAAUACUCACCUUGAUUUCCGCUUUUCACACUUGGGACCGUUCAAGGAUGUAACAAUGUUGAAGAUCAUUGUUGGCGAUGUGGAUGAACCUCCGCUCUUCACUAUGCCUUCCUAUGUCAUGGAAGUUUAUGAAAAUGCGAAGAUUGGGACUCCUGUUGGCACAGUAACAGCACAAGAUCCUGACACUGCCAACAGUUUAGUGAGAUAUUUCAUUGAUCAUAACACAGAAGAAGAUAGGUAUUUCACCAUUGAUGCUAGUACUGGGACCAUUAAGACUGCCAAGAUCUUUGACAGAGAGGAGACACCUUGGUACAACAUCACAGUGGCUGCUUCUGAGAUAGACAAUCCCGGGCUAGUGAGCCACGUUCCAGUUGGUGUUAGAAUCCUGGAUGUCAAUGACAACCCUCCAGAGCUCGCCAGAGAGUAUGAUGUAGUCGUCUGUGAGAAUGCAAAACCUGAACCUUUUCAGAAUCAGAGUGUAAUUCAGACUAUCACUGCAACUGACAAAGAUAACUCUGCAAAUGGGGCAAGAUUCCAUUUUUCCCUUGAUGAAGGGCUUUCUUUGAAUCCCAACUUUACUCUAAGGGACAAUGAAGAUAAUACAGCCAGUAUCCUGACAAGACGAAGGAGAUACAGUCGAACCACUCAAGAGAUCUAUUACCUCCCAGUUUUGAUUUCUGACGGUGGAGUGCCCCCUCUCAGCAGCAGCAGUACUCUCACAAUUAGGGUUUGUGCCUGUGAGAGAGAUGGACGAGUGAGAACUUGCCAUGCUGAAGCUUUCCUCUCCUCAGCUGGCUUGAGCACAGGAGCUUUAAUUGCAAUCCUGCUCUGUGUUGUGAUUCUUCUUGCAAUUGUGGUCCUUUUCAUCACCCUAAGACGUAGCAAGAAGGAGCCUUUAAUCAUUUCAGAAGAAGACGUCCGGGAAAAUGUUGUGACGUAUGAUGAUGAGGGUGGUGGAGAAGAAGACACAGAAGCAUUUGACAUCACAGCACUGCGGAAUCCAUCAGCUGCUGAGGAGCUAAAAUACCGGAGGGAUGUUCGUCCUGAAGUUCGUCUUGUGCCCAGACAUCAUCCCUCCUCAAGCCUUGACAGUAUAGAUGUUCAGGAGUUCAUUAAACAAAGACUGGUAGAGGCUGAUCUGGACCCCAGCGUGCCCCCGUACGACUCCCUACAGACAUAUGCCUAUGAGGGUCAUAGAUCAGAAGCUGGAUCUAUCAGCUCUCUGGAUUCAGCCACAACACACUCUGACCAGGAUUAUAAUUACCUUGGAGACUGGGGACCCGAGUUCAAGAAGCUAGCUGAACUCUAUGGGGAAAUAGAAUCAGAAAGAACAACUUAGUUGUAAUUCGAACAGAGAAGUUCCUAAACAGCUGGAGAUAUAAUGACAGCAACGGUAACAAAAAAUGAAUACAGUACUUGGAACUGAGCAAGUUGUAUGCAGUUACUGUAGAACAAGUGCCCUUUUCAUAUUUGAAACUGGGUUCUCCAAUUGGAAGAAAGUCAAAUUUUGAAAAAUACAGAAAAAAGAAGCUAUUGUCCCUUGUGUAUAUUUUUUAAUUGCUCAAUAAAGUCUGUGGUACCGUAUCUGUAACAAUACCUAAAGUAAAGCCAAGCAAUGACAUUUUUAUUGCAAUAUGCUUAACAUCUCCAGGCUACAGUAAGUUUAUGUCAUGCCUGUUUAGGAAGAUAGCUAAUGGAGGAGCAAAUCUCUUGCAGGUGGUUGUGAUGUUGCAUUUCUAGCUGUGCUCUAGGCCUUGUGAUCCCAAUGUGAGGUAGCCAAUGGGGUUUACUAUCAGUGUGAGAAGUGCUAACAGUCUGUUUCCUUUACAGAAGGGAUAAGCCACACCUGUCCUCUUAAAUAAAUGGUCCUUUGAUGAUUUAAUCUUAUCGAAUUAGC